AUGCUCAGUCCCGGGCCGCCCCCAGCGCUCCACAGGCGCGCCGCCCGGCUCCAGCCCGUGCGCGGCCACUCGGAGCCGCCCGGCCCGGCCCGGCCCCGCCUCCGCGGCGCCCCCCGGCCCGACCGGCCCCCGUCCGGCCCAAGUGGGCGGCGCAGCGCGGGGGAGGGGUCCGAGGGGCGUCCCCGCCCCGGGCGCGGACACGCGCAGGCACCCCGCGUCACGCGAGGCUGGCGGGACGCACGCGGGGGCCGCGCCGCGGGACUCAGGAUCACCGCCCCCCCGCCAACCUCUGAAGCCCGGUCGGCUCAGGACUCGGUAGCGGCGGCGGGUCACCCUCUACCCCUACCCGGGCCCCGGGGCCAGCGGCAGCUGGUCAUUGUUCGAGCACAAAGGACCAGGCGCCACGGCGGCCGCCCUUCCCCCUCCGCUCCUCCGGUCGAAGCCUGCCCCACAAGACACACUCUGCGGCUUCGGAGUCCAGAGCGGGGCGCCGAGGGUCAGCUGCCCCCCCGCCUCGGCUGCUGGAACCCUGCUCCCCAGGACUGGUCGGGGACCCAGGCUCGGGCCCUGCCUGCCCCACCCCCAGCGGUUGAUGGAGGCAUAUUCGGACUUGCGGAGGUGGCGCCACCUGGCGACACAUUUGGAGAAUACACCGUCAGCCCCCCCAGCCUUGGGGGCCCCUACCUGGCUCCCCAGCACUACCGGGAAAGUUCGUUCCGGAGCCGGGAUGUGCGGGAGGCUGGAGUUCCGACACCUCCACCGCCCCACCACUCACCCCGCGCCACCUGCGCCGCUGCUCCACCUCCUGCCCAGCUCCAGCUCCAGCACGGGCACUUCCUCGCCGCAGAUCCGCCGGCUCGCAGCCAGCUCCGGGCUCCGGACUCCGGGCGCCCGCCUGGCCCGGCCUGGUAG